AUGGAUGUAGAACUCCAAAAGAGCAAGAGUACAAAACAGCGAAAAAUCUCCACAAUGAAUUUACAGAAGCUAAAAGAGAGAUUGGGACGGGCAGUGUCCAAGUUUAUACUCUAUAAUCGUAUUCCAUUCAAUGCAGUUGAUUCAGAGUAUACACAACCCAUGCUUGAUGUUGCUGCUGAAGUAGGGCCAGGAGUAAAGGGUCCUAGUGCUUAUGAAGUUUCUGAAGUAUAUUUGGGCAUGGAGCAUGAUGAAAUGACAGAAUGGAUAGGAUCAUUCAAGGGAAUUUGGGCAGAGAGAGGUGUAUCCAUCAUGUGUGAUGGUUGGAGCAGUCUAACUCGGCAACACAUCAUCAACUUCUUAGUGUACUGCAAUAGAGGUACUAUAUUUCACAAAUCAAUUGAUGCCUCUAAUAUUGUUAGUAGGACUGCUGAAUAUUAUUUUGGGUUGUUAGAUAAAGUUGUUGAUGAAAUUGGAGAACAAUACGUUGUUCAAGUGGUAACUGAUAAUGAACCCGCACUGAAAGCAUCCAGUAAAAUGUUAAUGAGAAAAAAGAAACAUUUAUAUUGGACAGCUUGUUCAGCAUAUUGUAUCGAUCUCAUGCUAAAAGACAUAGCCAAUAAGAAAAGUGUAGCAAAGGUGAUUGAAGAUGGUAAAACCAUCACCAAUUUCAUUUAUAAUAGUGGAUGGGUGUUGGAUUUAAUGAGAAAAUUCACUGGAGGUAGAGAAUUGAUUCGACCUGCCAUCACUCGAUUUGUUACAAAUUUUAUUGCCAUUGAGAGUAUUGUUAGAUAUAAACAACAAUUGAGAGCUAUGUUUAAUAGUGAUGAGGGGAAGGCAAAGACUGGGCAGCCUUACAAUGUGAAAAUUAUUUUGGGAAAGGAGUUUUGGCAGAAAGCAACAGAGCUUUGUAAAGUUCAUGAGCCCCUAGUCAGAGUAUUGAGGUUGGUUGAUGGAGAUGAGAAGCCAACAUUGGGUUUCAUAUAUGAAGCUAUAGAUAGAGCAAAGUUGGCAAUUAAAAGAGAUUGUCGCUACUACACCGAGUAUUGGAAAAUUAUUGACACUCGAUGGUCUUUUCAAUUGCAUCAAGAUUUGCAUGCGGCUGGAUAUUUUUUAAAUCCUCAAUUCCAAUACGGUGUUACCUUAUCCAAUGAAAUGAUAAGAGAAGUGAUGGAUGGACUUAAAAAAGUAAUUACCAGACUGGAGCCUAAUAUGGAUGCUCAAGUGAAAGCAACAAAUCAAUUGUUGCUAUUUCGAGAUAAACAGGAAACUUUUGGUACUCCUUUAGCACAAAGAGUAUGGAAACAAUCAAAUCCAGCUGAGUGGUGGAUUAUUCAUGGCAGUUGUGCUCCUGAACUUCAAAAAAUAGCUGUGAAAGUAUUAAGUCAAACCACCACAUCAUCUCACUGUGAACGUAAUUGGAGUACUUUUAGUCUCAUCCAUACGAAGACGAGGAAUAGAUUGAAAUAUAAGAAAAUCCAAAGAUUAGCCUUCAUCACUUACAACAUGAGAUUAAAAUUGAGACACGUUAAAAGAAGCAGCCAAGAGGAGAUUGAUAGGAGUUUUAAUCCUAUUAACUUGGAUUAUAUAUUUGGAGAAGAUGAUCCAAUAAGUCCAUGGAUAGAAGAAAGGGAAAAUCCUUUGCUAGAUGGUGUGGAUAAUUCUGAAUGGCUAGAUUUGGUCUCAGAUGAUGGUGGUGGUGGUGGCAACGACAACAAUGGCGAUGGCGGCGAUGGCAGCGAUGGAAACGAUGGUGGUGGCACCCAUAGAUAUCAAGCUCGACGCACUUCUCAAAGCUUAACUCCUACUCCAACUCAAAGUGAUAAUAGUGGUGGUUUAACACCAUCUGAUGGAGGAGGUGAUGGUAAAGGCACUUCUCACGGUGACGGUGACGGUGGUGGUGGCGGCGAUAAUGGUGGUGAUGGCGGUGAUGGUACUAGUUUUGGUGCAGGAAGUGAAGAUUUUAUUGGAGGAUUUGGAUUAUAUGAUGUUGGGGAACAUUAUGAUAUUGGAGAACUUGUUGCACCUUUACCCUAA